AUGCACCAUUGUUUCACGGCCGGAGAAGAACAAGACGAAGACGAAGAAGACGAGGAAGACGAGGUGGAAGAAGGAAGAAUAAGCAGAAGGAAGGCCCGUUUCAUCGGAAGAAGCAAAGAUGGGUGGCAGCAAGUGAUCUUCGUCUCCUGGCCCUGGUCGAAGCGAGCGAUCGAGCCAGUAGAGCAGCCAUCCUCCUCAUGCACUGGGACGGCAGUUGCUGUAGAACGGAGCGCUCCGUGGAAGCCAGCGUCUCGGAGUCACACACGUGGCUUGUUUCUAGAAGCCGACGAAGAAGCCAGACGAGACGAAGACGAGAAGAAAGAGACGAAGAAAGAGACGAAGAUGUUGAUCCAUCCCAUCUCCAUCCCAUUCGACCUCGUACAUCGACCACCACCGACCACCACCGACCACCGACCAUCGCAUCGACAACCGACUAGUCCCAAACGCCAUGACUUAGACUCUUGA